AUGGCAAUCCGCACUAUAGGCGUUGUUGGCACCGGGGUGAUCGGGGCGUCAUGGACGGGUCUGUUCCUCGCUCACGGCCUGCGAGUUCUCGUUUCCGACCCAGCACCAAAGGCAGAGAAGAAACUCGCAGAGCAUCUCCAGGCCAUCUGGCCCACCCUCAAGACCCUUGGACUUUCCUCAAACGCAUCCCUGUCCAAUUACCAGUUCGUUGGUACCAAUCUGGGCAAGUAUUAUGCAGAUGUUGACUUCAUUCAAGAGAACGCGCCGGAGAGGGUCGAUCUGAAGACCAAGCUGCUUGGCGAGAUUGAUGCCGCGACCCGUCCAGACGUUGUCAUUGCAUCUUCGUCUUCAGGCAUACCGAGCUCAAACUUUAUCCAAAAAUGCUACAAGAACCCCGGCCGGGUGCUCAUCGGGCAUCCGUUCAACCCUCCACAUCUCAUGCCACUUGUUGAAGUGGUGCCCCAUCCCACCACCGAUAAGGCAACCACUGACACGGCCGUCGCCUUCUACCGGUCCCUCGGACGACGGCCAGUUGUCAUUCGAAAAGAGAUACCCGGAUUCGCCGCCAACCGCUUACAGGCUGUGCUCUGCAAUGAAGCUUAUAGCCUCGUGAGCCGGGGAGUCAUGUCUGCUCAAGAUCUCGAUACCUGCAUGACUAGCAGCCUGGGCCCUCGCUGGGCUGUGACCGGUCCGUUUAUGUCCAAUGCUAUGGGUGGGGGCGGCGGCAGUGACGGCUUUGCACACGUCUUGCAACAUUUGGGCCCUGCAGUCCAAAAGUGGCUUGACGACAUCCAGAACAACCGCUUCAUUUGGAGUAAAGAGAAUCUUGGUGCCCUCAGCGCCAGCGUGGCAGAGGAGCUGCACGGGCGUGAUGCGAAUGAGCUCGAACAGGAGCGAGACGAGCUUCUCGUGAAGCUGCUGCGCCUCAAGCGAGAAAAGGAAGAGCAAAACCGCGAGAUGGAUUCUUCCUAA